UCCAAAGAAGCGACACCCGUGUCAGGGACGAAUCGACAAUUGCUCCCUUAUCCUCCCAGCCACCACCUCCUUCCUUACACCGAGAACGAAUCUGUUUACGGACUACGACAAUCACCGCAGUUUCGAUUUCCUUGCAAGACACGCCUUCUCUUACGUUUGGAAAGUCCAGCCAUCCUAAAACAGCCCAAAGGAGAGGAGAAGACUCGCGUCGGUUUGGAUAACCUCCCCGUCCUUUCUCAGGCGCUCAGAGGCGAGCAUCCUCCACUCAUGCGUGGCGCAAGGGAGAGAAGCCUCCGCGGAGUCCGUAGUUCCGCCGCGGGCGCGCGGUCCACACCUGCGCGCCCCGUCCAGAGGCCGGGGAAGACAGUGGCCGAAAAGAUGCGCAAGCAGCGAUCCGGAGCCAAAGGGAGCGGCCGGUUGGACUCGCCGGCUGCCUCCGCCCCGCCACCCAGACCCCCGUUGCUCUUGUUCCCACAGGCGGGCUACCACCCCAGCAUCUUCGAAGAGGAUCCUGAAGCCCUUUGCCAGAUCACCUGUAAGCAAGGUUACCUAGCGGUGGCAAGGACGCCCCAAACUGUGCUCCUUUUUAGCCGGGCGACAGACGAACAGCAGCAGCAUCUCGUGGGCAGUCGCAGGUGCAUCUGCCUAAAAGAGAAAACCAAGAUACAUUCACUGGAUUGUGAAACAUCUCAUCUGCUCGUUCUCUCUUCAAAUGGAAAACUUUCAGAGCACAAUAUUGCAACCAAAGGAACACAACCAAGACUACUGAAAGAAUUAGGAAACAAACAGAUUGUUCAGAUUGCAUGUGGUGACCAUCAUUCCAUGGCUCUUUCAAAAGGAGGAGAACUCUUUGUCUGGGGUCAGAAUGAACAUGGCCAGCUUGGCGUGGGAAGGGAGAUGGACCUCAUUAAGGAACCACAGCUGGUACAAGUGCUGGAAGGCAUUCCUUUGGUUAAGAUUGCAGCUGGAUCUGCUCACAGCAUGGCCAUCUCUGUGUUUGGUACUGUCUACUCUUGGGGAAAGAAUAUGUUUGGACAACUAGGCCUUGGAGACACAGAAGACAGAUACAUUCCUGCAAAUGUGAAGGCAUUAGACCAUAAGAAGACAGUCUUCAUUUCAUGUGGUGGCGAGCACACUGCAGUUCUCUCAAAGAAUGGGUUGGUCUGCACCUUUGGAGCUGGCUGCUAUGGGCAGCUUGGCCACAACUCCACUCGCAAUGAGCUGUUUCCACGUCUUGUGGCAGAGCUGUUUGGUGCACAAGUGACUCAGGUAGCCUGUGGAAGAUGGCACACUUUGGUCUAUAUCCCGGCACUUGAGAAAGUAUAUUCAUUUGGAUAUGGAGCAAAAGGGCAACUUGGAGAAGGAAGAAAGAGUGACCAGCUGGUUCCCCUCCCUCUUGAUCUGGCUGUUCGUGGUAAAAAAGAGAACUACAGAAGUACCUCAGGCAAAGUGGUUAAAAUCAUUGCCAGAGACAACCAAAGUAUUGUGCUUCAUCUGAAAGAAAAGAAUGCAUACACUAAUGUAACGCAAACACUGGCCACAGUGGAGGAGGCAAAGGUUGAUAAGUGGUUGUCUAAUUCAGAUCCCAGUUACUGGAAUAAUAUAAAAUGGGAUAUUAAGUUGAUCUUCUCAUCAGCAGCUUGCAUCAAUGGCAGCUUUCUACAAAAGAGAGAGGAAAACUUCAGAACAUCUGAGGAGACUGCUGGUGUUGAUAUGUCAGCUGUUCUUCUUUUCUUUGAGCAGAUUGCCACUAAGCCUAAAAUCUUCACAAAGGUGAUAAAGUCUCUCAAGAGCCUUCUGCAUUGUCCCCCUCGCUCUCCAACCUCACCAGAAGCACUCAGGUUCUUCCUCAUUGUGCCGGUACUUUUACGGAAGCAGGAUCUCAACUCAGAUAAUCUCCUCAGUCAACUAGCAGAAGCAAUCUGGAACCUCCCACAGAAAGGCAAGCAAGCACUUGGAGCUCUGUGGUCCAAUUUAGAAGCUUCCUUCUUUAAGGAUCUGGUGGCCAUGUUUCAGAGGCUUGUUAGUAUUAAGUUGUCUUCCUUCACAAAGACUUGCAACAAAAAUGAAUAUAUUACACCUCUUCAAGUCUUCCAAAUGCUUUAUAAGGUAAACUGCGGGUCUGGCUUCAAAAUUCAGGAAAGUAAUUUUUAUAUACCAGAAGUAAAGAAAAUAUUUGUAAUGCCAAAUUGGAAUCACAUACGAAAUGAACAGAGCCAGUUUGGUGUAAUGGUUAAGGCACCAGGCAAGAAACCAAGGGACUGUGAGUUCUAGUCCUGCUUUAGAUAC